AUGCCAUCCACGGCGCAGGCUGUGACUACGGCUCACGAGCACUCCAGUGCUCUCAGCAAUGGCAACACGGAGACCACGGCUCAUGCCUCGGCGCCGAAGCCUUCAUCCGCCAGCAAGAGACGUCACAGCAAAUAUCUCCAUGUUGCAGCGUACCACGCCAAUUUGCGACAUUCAAGCUUGAGUCGAGAUGCAGCUGUCACACCCAGUUUCCUCGGGUUCCGAAACUUGAUGGUCCUCGUACUUGUUGCCAUGAACCUCCGAUUGAUUAUCGAGAAUUUUAUGAAAUACGGCGUUCUCAUCUGCAUCAAGUGCCACGACUACCGAAAGCAAGAUGUCGUCCUGGGAUCGAUCUUGUUCGCGCUUGUUCCGUGCCAUCUAUUUCUUGCCUAUGCCAUUGAGCUCUCUGCAGCUAGCGCUGCGAAGCAGACUGUUGGUCAGCAGAAGCGGACGGCGGAAGAAAAGGAGCGCGAUCAGCAGGCCUUCCGAUCCACCUGGCGCUAUACGGCUCUGUUACAUACCUUGAACGCAACCAUCUGUCUCGCACUGACGAGCUUUGUUGUGUACUUUCUCAUCCAUCAUCCCGGCAUUGGCACCCUCUGUGAGCUUCACGCAAUUAUUGUAUGGCUCAAGAACUGCUCAUAUGCCUUCACCAACCGUGAUCUUCGACUGGCCUUUCUGAACCCGUCGGCCGACCCAGAUCUCCCCGAGAUCUACGAGGCUUGUCCCUAUCCGCGCAACGUGACUCUGGGAAACCUGGCUUAUUUCUGGAUGGCGCCAACGUUGGUCUAUCAACCGGUCUACCCUCGCACCGCCUCGAUCCGAUGGUCCUUUGUUGCCAAACGAUUGGCAGAGUUUGUCGGUCUCGCCAUGGUGAUCUGGUUGCUUUCGGCGCAGUAUGCGACGCCUGUCCUUCGUAACUCAAUUGACAAGAUUGCCGUGAUGGAUAUUGCGUCUAUUCUCGAGCGCGUCAUGAAGCUCUCUACCAUCUCGUUGAUUAUUUGGCUCGCUGGGUUCUUCGCCCUUUUCCAGGCCCUCUUGAAUGCACUGGCGGAGGUCAUGCGAUUCGGAGAUCGAGAGUUCUACACUGAUUGGUGGAAUAGCUCCAGUCUUGGAGCCUACUGGCGAUCCUGGAACCGUCCCGUCUAUCUGUUCAUGAAGCGGCAUGUGUACUCUCCUCUCGUUGGCCGAGGCUGGAGUCCAUUCGCAGCCAGCAUGAUGGUCUUUACACUGUCCGCGGUCCUCCACGAGAUGUUGGUGGGCAUUCCCACUCACAACUUCAUUGGUGAAGCAGGCGUUGCCUUCUUUGGCAUGAUGUUUCAACUACCUCUGAUUACCCUGACGACGCCACUUGAAAAGAUGCGAGGCCCUCACGGAAAGACCAUCGGCAACUGCAUCUUUUGGGUCAGCUUCUGUCUGGUUGGGCAACCUUUAGGAGCUCUGCUAUAUUUCUUUGCCUGGCAGGCCAAGUACGGUAGUGUCAGUCGCAUGAGCGUGUAA